GGCACCUCAAGGCCAACUCUGCAGUGGUGAGCUGGGAUGUGCUGGAGGAUGAGGUUGUCAUCGGCUUCGCCAUCUCUCAGCAGAAGAAGGACGUGAGGAUGCUGCGCUUCAUCCAGGAGGUGAACACCACCACCCGCUCGUGCGCCCUGUGGGACCUGGAGGAGGACACGGAGUACAUUGUGCACGUGCAGGCCAUCUCCAUUCAGGGCCAGAGCCCGGCGAGCGAGCCCGUGCUCUUCAAGACGCCGCGCGAGGCCGAGAAGAUGGCCUCCAAGAACAAAGAUGAGGUGACCAUGAAGGAGAUGGGGAGGAACCAGCAGCUGCGCACGGGCGAGGUGUUGAUCAUUGUGGUGGUCCUGUUCAUGUGGGCCGGCGUCAUCGCCCUCUUCUGCCGCCAGUAUGACAUUAUCAAGGACAACGAACCCAACAACAACAAGGAAAAAACCAAGAGUGCGUCUGAAACAAGCACCCCAGAGCACCAGGGCGGCGGCCUUCUCCGCAGCAAGAUAUGAAACCCUUCCCUGCUUUCUCUGAGUAACUCAGAAGAACAGUAGAGAAUGUGAGAGGAUCUCACGGUUCGGAGGACGAUCAUCCCACAAACAUCUGGCCUUCUACAUGCCGCCUCCUGCCAUCUUCACCCCGAUACUAUCCUCUCCCUUGGCUUCUCUUUCUGGCGCAUUUUCCUGAAGCCUCUUAUUAACCCCCAUCUCCAGAAGCACCUCAACAUGUUGGUGACUGAGGCUGCAGUCAGAGGCAGGUCAGCGGGACGGAGGAACCGCAGCGGGAUGGCUCUGUGGGAGCGCUGAGUCCCGGGGCCGUGGGCCCAGGACGCCUCGUGGCAUCGUGGUCCUUCGGUGAGCGAGGCGGAAGGCUGGGCUCGAGAAGGCAGAGGCAAGGAAUCCAGGCGGACUGCUGUUCCUUCCAGGCUGGUUUCCAAACCAGCCCUUGGUGGCCACCGCUGAAGCAUGACUGCCUGUCUGCAGGAAGGAGGAUUUCCUUUUUCUUCUCUGCUGGCCCCCAGGUGCACAGGCACAGGGAGAGGGAGGACGCGGUGGGGAGGCCAGGUUAGCUGCAUACUUCUCCUUCCCCUUCCUGGUCUGGUGAAGGAGGCUCAACUACAGACCCAAAUUCUGCAAAAAAUAAACAACCGCAAAGCUACAGGCCUGGCCCCAUUCUGAAAAAGGCAGAGCUGCUGUGACACAGCCUCUUCAGGCCCCUCGCCUCUCCUGGACUGGCUCCCUCUUUGAGGAAACGCACAAAUCUCCCAGGAGAGGACUAGCACCUAGACUGACUCGAGCUGUGUCUUUCAGACCAAGGACUAUCGGAGUCUGUGGGGCUGCCUGCUGGGCAGGUCACGGCUCCAUCAAGCCUUUGUCUGGAUCCAGCCAUCAAGGACUGGUUUGUGGUGUGGUGCCCAGCUCUGUGAGUGUGUAAGCUGUCUGUUGUCUCUUUUGGAAAACAAAGUGAAGGGCUCCAUUGUAGAGGGCAGAGGGACUCCUGAGUUACCUGCUUCCUCUGUCUUCUUUGGCCCUCAGGGGUCAUAAGAAGACCACGUAGGAAAGAGGCCUGAAGGGGACUGUCCCUUUUCUUUAAGAAAAGUCUCCUGGAGUUGUGACAGUGCUGGGGUGGACAACUGGAAGGGUCUGUCCACGUGGCCAUCCUGGGGGCUGCUAAAUCACCUACUCUUUACAGCAGUGGAAGCUGCUGGAAGGCAGGUCUGAGCCAUUCACCGUGGACAGUCAGAACAGCUCUAGCCUGUGGGGUUUCUAUAUUUUGCCAUCUCAUCCAAGGUUGUGAAAGCUACCCAGGGUCCUCAUGUCCUUCCCUAGAGCCUGAGUGGUAGGAGGUGACAGGUCUCUCUCUCUCUCUACUGCCUCUUUCUGGGUUUAAAAAAAAAAAUGGUGCUUGAAAAGGGAAGGAAGAUUCUUCCCUGGGACCGACAAGCUAUGACUGCUGAAUGCUGCAUGGGAAAAGGGCCUUCCGCGUCUUCCGUUGGUGGCUGAGAACAGGAGCAUGGAGCACUGUGCCUAGCACAGCCUAGCACAUAGUAGGUGCUCAGUAAACUUUUGUUGAACCGAAUGACAAAAGCAUCAUCGUCCCCCAAGCCAGAGAGCUGAAAGCCAUCACCCAGUGACCGCCCCUUCCUCCGGUCUCCACUGCUCUCCUGGCAGGGGUAGCCACCUCUCUGCUGGCCUGAGUGUGGCAGCACAGGGAGGGAGGGGACAGGCAGAUGUCAGCAAUACUAAGGGCUUCCUCAUGGGAGGGCAUGAGGCUCCACUCAUUGUCUUGUGACUUUCAUCCCUGCUGAAUGGGGCUGCAAAGGCCAAGGCUCCUUAGGGGAGAGGUCCUUACCUCUGAUCCAGUUAGAGCAAUAACCACUUUUUAAAUGUAAAAUAAAAAGACAAAUGAA